AUGUGGAUCAUUAACUGGUUCUACGAUGUCCUGGCUUCCCUAGGUCUCCUCAACAAGCAUGCCAAGCUCCUGUUCCUUGGCCUGGACAAUGCCGGCAAAACCACCCUUUUGCACAUGUUGAAGAAUGACCGUGUCGCGACGCUCCAGCCUACGGCGCACCCGACAUCGGAGGAACUUGCCAUCGGCAAUAACCGGUUCACAACGUUCGAUCUGGGCGGUCACCAGCAGGCGCGCCGCCUGUGGAAAGACUACUUCCCCGAAGUCAGCGGGAUUGUCUUCCUCGUCGACGCCAAGGACCACGAGCGCUUCCCCGAGUCCAAGGCCGAGCUCGACGCCCUCCUCGCCAUGGAGGAGCUGGCCAAGGUGCCCUUCCUCAUCCUCGGAAACAAGAUCGAUCACCCCGAUGCUGUUAGCGAGGACGAGCUGAGACAUCAGCUUGGUCUGUACCAGACCACGGGUAAGGGCAAGGUGCCGCUGGAGGGGAUCCGGCCCAUCGAGGUGUUUAUGUGCAGUGUUGUUAUGAGACAGGGAUACGGCGAAGGUAUCAGGUGGCUGUCCCAAUACGUCUAA